AUGACAUCUGUUCGACCUGUGAAAGUUAGUUAUAUUUAUGCAUGUGCACUACCAGGAAUAGGAGAGUGGAAGGAAUGGUCACCUGAAAAUAUAGAAAAGAUUGUUAAAAAGCGAAAAAUUGAAAAACUAAAUCCUACUUUUACACCACAUACACAAUUUACCAAACAAUGGACCAUGCCAAUUUUGAAUAAAGAAAACGAACAGGAUCCAAUACAGGGUGAAUCGAUGCAUGAAGAACUGCUGAGACGUACAGAACUUGGCGAAAUUGAAGAAAGUGACAUACCUAAAGUAUCUACAAUAACAAACUGGAUUUCAACUUUUUCACGUAAAUGGAAAGAGGCCAUGGCUUUGCGUUCUUUAGAAGAAAAAACGAACUCUAAAAAUUCAUAA